GCUGCUGAAGCGGCCGCGGGCGCAGGUCGUGGCGCUGCUCGGCGGGCCGGGCUGGCAGCUGCUGGCGCCUGGAGGCGAGGGCGCGCUCCCGGGCGGCCGCAUGGCCCCCACCUAGGGCGGAGGCAGAAGCGGCUGAGCCCAGGAUGCCGGCGGUGCGGUGCGGCGGCCCCUCACCCACCCCAGAUGUUGAUCAUCUCUCUGAAGUAGAAUCUCCAUGGCCUGAACGUUUUUUGAAAAUAAUUUUGAGCAAAAUAUCUGUUUAAUAACAAGAGAACCACAUCAAGAUGGUUGGAAAACUGAAGCAGAACUUACUAUUGGCAUGUCUGGUGAUUAGUUCUGUGACUGUGUUUUACUUGGGCCAGCAUGCCAUGGAAUGCCAUCACCGAAUAGAGGAACGUAGCCAGCCUGUCAAAUUGGAGAACACAAAGACCACUGUGCGAACUGGCCUGGACAUCAAAGCCAACAAAACCUUUGCCUAUCACAAGGAUAUGCCUUUAAUAUUUAUUGGAGGUGUGCCUAGGAGUGGAACCACACUCAUGAGGGCCAUGUUAGAUGCACACCCUGACAUUCGCUGUGGAGAGGAAACCAGGGUGAUUCCCCGAAUCCUGGCCUUGAAGCAGAUGUGGUCACGGUCAAGUAAAGAGAAGAUCCGCUUGGAUGAGGCUGGUGUCACUGAUGAAGUGCUGGAUUCUGCCAUGCAAGCCUUCUUACUAGAAAUCAUCGUUAAGCAUGGGGAGCCAGCCCCUUAUUUAUGUAAUAAAGAUCCUUUUGCCCUGAAAUCCUUAACUUACCUUGCUAGGUUAUUCCCCAAUGCCAAAUUUCUCCUGAUGGUCCGAGAUGGCCGGGCAUCAGUACAUUCAAUGAUUUCUCGAAAAGUUACUAUAGCUGGGUUUGACCUGAACAGCUAUAGGGACUGUUUGACCAAGUGGAAUCGUGCCAUAGAGACCAUGUACAACCAGUGUAUGGAGGUUGGUUAUAAAAAAUGCAUGUUGGUUCACUAUGAACAACUUGUCUUACAUCCUGAGCGGUGGAUGAGAACUCUCUUAAAGUUCCUCCACAUUCCAUGGAACCACUCAGUAUUGCACCAUGAAGAGAUGAUUGGAAAAGCUGGGGGAGUGUCUCUGUCAAAAGUGGAGAGAUCUACAGACCAAGUCAUCAAGCCAGUCAAUGUGGGAGCACUGUCAAAAUGGGUUGGGAAGAUACCACCAGAUGUUCUACAAGACAUGGCCGUGAUUGCACCCAUGCUUGCCAAACUUGGCUAUGACCCAUAUGCCAAUCCACCUAACUAUGGAAAACCUGAUCCCAAAAUCCUUGAAAAUACUAGAAGGGUUUAUAAAGGAGAAUUUCAACUACCUGACUUUCUUAAAGAAAAACCCCAGACUGAACAAGUGGAGUAGCAGAGCCAGGAACCUCUUGCAUACGUUAGGAGAGACUGCUGGCUUUUCAACCGAAGGGAGCUGUCUAGGACCCGCUGCCCACUGCCGAGACCAGCGGAGUGUGUGCACCCGGAGAGGGGCAGCAGCCCCAAGGACCUGCUUCCCGAGUAAAGCGCGCUGGGUGCCAGUGACGUGCACGGCGGUAUCUCCGGAGGAGGAGCCCGAGGGCACCUGUGCUUUCUGUUAAAACUGCUCUUGUCCUCAUGUUCUUUUUACUGGAUUCCAAACUUUGUUUUCGAGGGAGGGUUUAAAAAUGGGAUUCUGUAAGCAAAACUGGGCAAUUUCAUUUUGGAAUAGGUUGUCUGUACAUGUUCUAAUGUUUUGUAGAACACUUGUGCCUGUUUAAAUGGGUUGAUGUGGAUAAUAUUGAACACCUUAAUUAUUUAAAUAAUUCAUUGUUUCUGAGAAGUUGAGAAAUUACCGUAUACAUUUACAACUUAAAGCCUUUUGUAUUUUAUUUUUCAAAAUAAAAGCUUUAAAUGUGAA